UUUGGUUCUAAUAAUCAUUUAUUUGUUAUAUUUAUAGAAAAUCACGAAGAAGAGUAAGUGAAUAUUUAAUUUAUAUUUAAAUAAUCUGUGAGGUUGCUAAAAGAAGAGAAUUCUCCAAAUAAUCAGGUUCUAAAAGUUCAUCAUUGCUGUGUUUUUAGGGGAAAUGCAGACGCACCAUUGAAAAAACGUCGUGCCGACGCCAACGUUUACGAUGCAGUGGCCACCGGCGGUGAUGAUGGUGAAGCAAGCACCAGUACAGCUCCUCAUGAGUAUGCUACUCUGGAGCAGGUGCGUUCACCACACUGCGCAGACACGCAGGAUUUGUAGCUGAGUUGGUAACAAACAAAAAAAAACAACGGAGCAUAUCGUUAUAUACUGUAUUGUGUAACACCACGACUGCUAUUGGUUGGUUGGGCGAAACAAUAUACACAUGACAUGCGAUGAACCGACCAUUUUUUGCAUAAACCAAGACAAAAACAUUGAUAAUGUCGUCUAUUAUGUCUGCGUCGAGCUCCCUAAACUUAUUCUAUUGACUAUGGGUUGCCAGCAUAUCACCACGUUUUUUGUCUUAAAUUCCAUGCUUAAUUUAUAAUGUACCAACGUUUUCAUGGUUAUAGCUUUGUUGUAGCUUUAUUUCAUAGUUAUUCGGCUAUAUUGACUUUCUCAUUCAUUGGUGAGCGGAUUUCACAACCAGGGGCGUAACUACAGGGGGGGCGUAACUUCAGGGGGGCGGGAUGAGACCCCCUCCUUAAUCUUUCGAAACGGUACUCUCGUCGGGCAAAAACUAAGAAAAGGUCGGGCAAAACUACUGAAAAUCUAGUCGAAAAUUUUAAGAAAUUAAAAAGAAUUGAAAAGACUCGAACAGGGACGAAACUUAAGGGAGGUGUGUGGGGUGUGACAGACUGACACAAAAAUUUUUUUUGCUGCAGGGCAUCAUUGGUUUCGCAGGGCAAUUCUAGCAGAUACCCCCCAAUCAAAAGGGGCUAGUUACGCCCCUGUUCACAACAGGCUAUUGCUCAAUUGAUAGGGGAUCCGAUGUACCUAUGAUUUAACGUCCUUAUCCGAGAAGAGGCGAAAGGGUAACCAUUUAUACUGAAGUCACUGUUUAGGUAGCUCUUUAAGACCUUGAGUAGAGGUCCAACCAAGGAUUGAACCCGCGGGUCUCCCAACUUGAAAGACAAGCGUGGUGAUCACGACACUGUCAUUUAAAGGCUUUCAGAAAUUGUUGGGGGGGGGGGCGGCGAUUCCCCUUUACUGCCUGCCUCCCCCUAGUUUCCGCUACUGGAUUAAAGGAAUACCGAAUGGUUUGCAUGCACGAGGGAUGACGCGAGACUUUCGGAAAGCGUAAAAAUACUCGAGCCGCAGGCGAGUGUAUUUUUACGCUUUCCGAAAGUCGAGCAACAUCCCAAGUGCAUGGAUCACGCUAUCCUGCUUGGAAAAUCAUUUGGUAAUUGUUUUAUAAAAUAACUACUGUGAAACAAUGACAUUUUGUGAAUCCCGCGAAAAUCCCGCGAAGGCGUUUUAAUUCCUCAUGCAGGAUAGCCUGAUCCUGCACGGCUAUUAACCAAUCAAAUUGCGUGUUUCACUGUAGUUAUUAUAUAAAUUCUAUUUACUGGCGUGUAAGCCAAAUUUUGGAUAUUGAGUGUUUGAGAUGCGGCGCUUAUUCGAAGACAGUUCCUUUUCGUGGGCAGAGGCGGUAGUGCCGAUCUUUUAAAUUUGUAUCUGCUUUCACAACGGAUUUGCGCAUUUGCAAAGUUUUUGAGAGAGUUCGAAUUGAAUGAGAGCGUUUGGAAUUUACUAACUUUGAACUUAAAACACUGUAAUACAGUAACUAGAAUAAAUUUCUGCGAUCUCUGUCUGACGGCGCUUCGAAUAAACGCCGUGUUGUUGUUAGGGCGGCGUGUCUUUGAUAUAUUGGCUCUCAUACUAUAUGCGCCGCUUAAAGAGUAAAUACGGCAGUUGAAAGGUAGGUAGGUAGGUAAAACUUUAUUUAACUACGCUAACCCCUACAGCGAAGGCUGAUUUCCAAGGGGGGCGUAGAUUUAAAUGGUUAAAAAUACAAUUGAUACAAAUUAUGGUCAUACAUUACAUUACAUUACAUUACAUUACAUUACAGUUAACAACAAUUACAAUACAUUUACAAAUACAACUAGUAUAUAAUUAUUUACAAAUUAAAUUAAUGUUAGUACUGUUCAAUAUUUUUAAUUAACGUAAUUAUUUUAUUAAUUAAUUAAUUAAUUGGCCAGGUGUCGUAUACAUGAAUUAAACGAAGCAAGAGUGUGUUUGUUUCUUGCUUCAUCAGAAAGGCUGUUCCACAAUUUCGCUCCUCUAUAACUAAGACUUUUUUUAAGGGGUCGGUUGUUCAAAGCUGGGUUACCUUGACCCUAAAAUUCAAAGCCAACUUCCUGACAGCUUGUCUGUAAAUUUGGAAAUUGUUCUUCAGAGAUCUUGUCUGGAUCGAUAGGAGUUUACUUCUCUGAAGUUUUGAAAUAAACAGCGUUGAGUUAGGCUACUAACUUCUUUAAUUAGACUACUAACUUUCCGACGAAGUGACUUCGCUCGAAACGUCGAAGUUCUCCUUGUAUUUUUCAAGUAGUUGUACCCCUAUCCAUCCGAAGUUUUCUUAAACCUGGCUUCCACAUUGUCGUAACUGUCGCGAACAUGUUGUAAGUGUCGUCAGAGUAGUGUUCGCGAGCAAAUGGAAAUAUGAAGAAACGUCUUGUCGCGACACGCUUGCAACAGUUCACGACAGUUACAGCAGUGUCGUCGAGAUAGACUCGAGUUCUACCUCGACGACAGUUGCGACAGGCUAAAAAUGUGUCGUUACGGGUAUGUUUUAAUGGGAACAGAAAAAACAACAGCGUGGCAACAGUUUGUCUUUUCAAAACUGCCGCUAACUGCUUGUACGAUUCCUGGGUACGAAAUUAACUUACGACAGUGUGGCGACAGUUAAAACCAUAAUGGAAACUAGGCUUUAAUGAAAACUGUUUACGACAUACAUAGGCACUGAACGUCAAUUUCGGUCAUUUUUACUUCACUUUUCUCAAAGGAUAUUACUCCAUGUAUAUAUAUAGAGCUCAUAGGCACCUGAACCUGUACUGAUAUCUAAACCUGCGUAUUUUUUUUGCAGCCAACGACGUACGCAGCACUAGAUAAAGAGGCCUUGCGGUCAAGUGGAUCGAAAAAACAAAACGAUGGCAAGGAAUCCCCUACCCAAUAUGCGAGCAUUGAUGUUGGUAAGGUAGGGAAGGUGGAUAAGGAUUAGCCUGAAUUUCAGAUGGCUACUCAUCGAGACAGUUGCGAUGGAACAGGGUAGGGGGACGUCUAGGGUGGCUAUAGCCUUGAAAUAAGUCUGGGGCUGCUAUAGGCCCCCUCAGAGAAAGGGGGUUAAGGCUAGGCACAGCCAGAUUGUGCUACCAAAUUUUGAAAAAAUUGCUCAAAAUAUGUCAAAAAGUUGCUCCAAAAUUUCGAAAAGUUGCUCAGAAAGUUGCUCAAAGUGAAAAAAGUUGCUCAAAAGUUGCUCUAAUGUUCUUAUAUUUACAAUACACAUUUGGCAUCAUAAGUAACAGUAUUUCAAACUCUAACAUCAAGGAACAUAUGUACUCUAGUUCCUUUUAUAUAAUUACAAGGUUUACGCCAUCAAUACAUCCAAACAACAAUUAACAAGUGUGAACAGGAAAUGACUGUAAUGAAAAAAAUUAUGGAAUUUCAAUACGAUUAGAGAGCCUAUUAUAGAGCAACCUAGUGCUUUCUUUGAGUGCUGUUAUAGCGGACCAUAACAGAUGCCUCAAUGUAAUCUUCGAGUGAGUUUCCCUGUUGCGAUGACAUACUGUUAAGCAAACUAAACACACGUUCAGCAGCAGCAGAGCUAGGCUGGAUUAGAAGCAACUUCUUCAUCAGAGCUGACCAAUGUGGUAAAGUCUCGCGUUGUGCUGCCCACCAGGUAACUUUUUCAUCUUCAUUGCCUAACAGUGACGCCAUCAACAGCCGCAAGAUAAUCUGGCAACUCAUUAGCUAAGUUGGCUAUUGUGUUGUCAUUCACGAAUGGAAAGUUGCUAAUUUCUUCGAGUGCAGCAGCAUCUGGCUUUAGUUGUUGGACUUGAACUGGGCAACAAAGACGUGCGACCUUUACAAUAUAAUAAUAACGGUAAUAAUAUAAUUAUUAUUAAAAUAAAUUUAGACUUUUUCUGAUUUCGAAAUGAAUAUAACAAGGAUAAAUCAAAUAUUAGUUUCACGUAAACAUGUAAUUCCACAGUGAAUGCGAGUUAAUAACAGGCAUACCUUAAAAGCGCGAACAAUUGUGUGGAACUGCACGCUUAACUUUUCCUGAAAAAAGAGCAGUCCGGGUUGCACACAUGCUUUUGCCUGAGUAAUGAGCUGGUUUUGAACCACAACCUCACCGUUGGCAAUUUCUCGAGCGAUAGCAGAGGUGCUUGGAAAAUUGGCUACUCCAAUGGCAUUACUAACAGCUGAUAAACGCUCGUAACAGGAGAAAAUUAACGGCCCGUCACCUUCCAAAUAGUAGGUUGCCUUGACAAAUUGGACACCAGCGUCAACAAUUACAGCAAGCUCCAAACGGAGAUCCUGAAGAUCGCGAGGGUUGUCAAUUAUCUCCAAAAGAUGUUGGCGUGUUACAGGGGAGAGAUUCUCAUUUUCUCGCAGGAAGGGCACGACAUCACCAAAAUAUUCAUAGACUUGUUUUUGGACCUCCCGCUUACUCCACCAUCGUGUAUUGCUGUAAGAGCGCAUUGAUUGGCCAGUUCUCUCUUUCCAAAGAAGUUUGGCAUUGAAGCUAUUGGCAAACAAACUUAUCCAACGGCGAAAAAAUAUAUCCAGAACAGGCCUUAAAAUAUCUUUUCCAGGGCCGUCUGACAAAAUGUCCAGUGACGUUGAGUUUGGGUCGGACAUAUGUCCGAUGACCUUCAGUUCAUUUUUGACUCAGAAAUAAGUCUGAAUGACAUGAAAGAAUAAACGGUAAAUGUUGUAAAGAUAUUAAAUAAUUUGUUUCUUUCAUACAUACUUGCCAGAACAGCAGUAUCAAAAAGACUUCGACAAUUUAAGCUCGUUUCCCACUUCACCAUUUCGCUCGCCGCCCCGCGCUCGACUACGUUAAAACAACAUUUCCAGUUAACCUUUUAUACAAUAGUACUCUGAUUUUCCAUUUAACAUACAAGCCUGCCUCUAGUCCUGGCCUCCUAGGCUAGGGUACAUUUUGAUUUACGUCGGACAAAGCUACAGUUCGGUCGGAGACCAAUACACUCGGGUCGGACAAACAAUAAACCAGAAUGUCCGGUGGUUUCUUUUCUACGUCGGACAAUUUCACGAAUGGGUCGGACAAUGUCCGUGACCGACCGAUAUUUUAAGGCCUGCAGAACUCUAAAUUUGAAAUGGGUUCCCACAUCAAUGGUAUGAGAAAAACAAGUAACAUAAAAAAAUGUUAGGAUAAAAGAAUGACAGCUGUCGUAUUGCAGCCCCAUUAACUGCAGCGCCGUCUCUCAUUGUGGCGAGUACCAUAUUUGGACCAAAGUUAUGAUUUACGGCAAGACACGACAUCAAUCGCUGCGCUAGUUCUGAACCCUUUAGCGGCUUUGCAGGAACUUCCAAGCAUAUUAGGCGCUGCGUAGGCUUGAAAUUCUCCUGCACAUAACGUAUCACAAUUGCAAGAGCCUCGCCAAGUCGGGCUGUUCCAUCAAAUAUCAUAGGUACUUCCUGCACGUUUUGGAUUUCAGCUUUGAUUUUCUCGCGUUCUUUCUCAAGUACCGAUGGAAUGAUAUCUUUCAUGUGGCUAGCGCCGGUUAACCUAUAUAAUCAAUGAAUAUUUAACCACUAUUCAAUUACACAUUAAUCAUGAUACGUGGUGUUGUGGUUUCCACACCUACCCAAAAUGCAGCAACCACCACAUCGUAAAUUUCAUUUAACAUAAGGUCUUAGAGAUCUUUUAUCAAAUUACAACAUUAUAUUCUAGUGCUAAUGUCCCAUUUAUUACCUGUGCCGAGCAUACUUUUCAAGAAAAGGACGCAUGAUGUAAAUCUUUGAAAUUUCUAUACCAGCUAGCAGAAACGUCUCUACUAGUUCAAAACGAAACAGCCUCAUAUCCUCAGGUAAAGUUGAGCCGCUCGCACGAUCGCGUAUAUCUUGCUUUUUUAAACACUCCAAAAUAGUCUGGUUCUCCUUUUUGCUUUUGGCGAUGCUUGCAAUUCCGUUUACAUGUUUUUUCGAUUGGACGUGCUUCUCGAUGGAACUUUUUUAAUACUAAUUAUCUCACUGCAGGCAUUACAUCGUAACUGCCCAUUUUCGUUGACGAAAUGUUGACCAGGGAAAUCUUUAAGUCUGUCCCAAAUACAGGUAUCAUUUUUCGAGUGAUUUUUCACACGACUUGCCUUGUAUUUCCCACUGUUUUUUUACGAUUUUCCGCUUCCUCGAAAUAGCAGCUCGAUCAGGCUCUGUAAUAUUGGCUCCUUUAUUUAUUGCCAGUUGAAUUGGGUUUGUUACAGCGUCAUCUUUUUCGCUUGAAUUUGACGACAAUACGUCCGCCAUAUUUGAUUGACAGCUUUGCGACCACAGUGAACUCUAUAUAUAUAUAUCGAAUCAUUUGAUAUAUCGAAUCAUUUGAUAUAUAUCGAAUCAUUAUCGAGUCAUUUGAUAUAUAUAUAUAUAUAGAGUUCACUGUGCGACCACUGAUCUAUUAGUGUUUCUGGUAUAUCAUCGGCUAGAAGCGCCCGCACUCUGUCAGGGUCAGAUGAUCAGAUCAUGGUUAAUAUUUGAAACAAGUUCAAACAACACAACACUAUACAUGGCAUAAUUUUUGCACACGGCGAUUCUGGAGGAAUUUUAUUUAUUCAAGUGGUUCACAUUGGAGUAUAAAUAUGUUCUAAGUUAUGGUUCCGGACUAUUUGUUCAAAGUUGCUAAAAAGAAGCAAAAUUUUGGAAAAGUUGCUCGAAGUUGCUCGUCAGCAAAAAAGUUGCUCCGAGGCCAAAUAGUUGCUAAAAAGUUGCCGAGCACAAUCUGGCUGUGCCUAGUUCAGCCCCCCCCCCCAAAAAAAACACGAUCAGAGUGAAACUUUACGUAAAAAUACGGGGAAAUUCUACGUGAAAAUUGGGCAACUUUAGAGAAAAAAUGAGGAAAGAAUUAAAGAGAAGCGGUAGGUGUAUUAAAACAUCAAGAAAAAAGGAAACUUAUUAGGUCUGAAAAUAGUGUUUUACCGCCCCGUGGUCGACAGACCUAGGAAAAUUUUAUGAUAAACAUUUUUCUACAUCGGGAAAUUUUAUGAACGUCCGCCAAAUUUAUGGAAAUUAGCCCCCCCCCCAAAAAAAAAGAAGAAUCAACUGUUCCGACGUUGCGUUGAGAUGGCCCAACAAGUGGCCAUCUGAAAUUCAGGCUACCGGAAGAUGAUCAAGAGUAAAGUACUAAAGACGUAAGUGCCAUAUGGAGGCCGGAGUUGAAGGAAAUUGUCGAUCCUUCAAAUCGUUUUUAGUAAAGAUUACUUGUAAAUAUACCUUUAACGUUAACCUUCGUUAGAAUUCUUAUAAGUUUUUAAAUGUAAUUCGCACUGUAAAUUAGUGUACCGGGUGUCCCAAAAAAAAGUACUCCUGUUUGUUUCGUAAUAACUUCUAAACAAGUAAAGCUUUUAAAGAGAAAUAACUUGCAUUAAAUAGAGGAAGGUCUAACUUAGAUUUUGACAUAUUGCAGUUGCAUUUUACUUAAAAAUUCACAGAGAUAUUAAUGUUCAAAAUUGGGAGGAUCUUUUGGGAUGUGUCUAAAAUUAGCAAAAAUCGGCAUAUCAAAUAUUAACUCCAGUGUUUGUUUGUUAAUGACAUAUCAGGCUAACUUGUAUUUCAGCGAAUUGUCGUUAGGGUUUGUAAGGGAUAUGGCGUAGAUUUAGACAUCUUACAUGUAAGUCUUAGCUCAAUGUUUCCUGAAAUAUGAACGUUCGAAAUUAUGCAAGUAUUUAAUAUUAGGUCUUUACAAACUUAAAAGUACAUGAAAGACCAUGGAAGGCAGGCGCUUAAAUUUUUCUUAAAUAGCCUAAAUGUUUUAUGUUUUUAAUGGGUUCAAACAGACUGAGUUGAUUACUUCUCGGUUAGAGCAGGAUGAAUAUUAUUCUUUAUUGAAGGAAAUAAUAUUGCUUUUUGCAAAUAC